AUGGCAGCAGACACAAAAGAAUUUGAUGUCAUCCGCAUCGCUCGCAGCGACGGAGCUGACACAGGCCCGGGCUACUGGCCCUCUACGAACACAGCUCCUAAAAAGACGGGCAAGGAUGCAGUGGUGACGGCAGCUGAAAAGACGCCCCGUGUGAAACCACAGAUGACACGGCUGGCAGAUGAUGAUCCGCGGUUCAUCGAAUGGCGGAUCAAGCUGGGAAUCCUACUCAAGCAAGAACUCUCGCCAAAUCCUGACGAGGGAAACCCGUGGUACGUGCAAUUUCCCCGGGGAUACUGGCUGUAUGAAAAGUCCAAACAUCUCUGGGUGUCCGGAUAUCCCUUCAAAUCCAAGCUCUACAAGAGUCCGCAGGAAUUCGGUGUCCACCUUAUCUGGCUACUCUCUGCGUCCAAGGACUACAAUGACUGCUGCUGCAUACACUGCAAUCUCCCCAACCCUGCGAAGCUCGCGGCCUCGGUGGAGGAAACGCUCAUCAUCACCCCCGGCGAGACGCCCGUCCCAGUGGCAGCAGCUCCCGUGUCUGGCACUGGCCCCAAGUCCUCUUCCCAUACAACGAUGACGGUUUCUUCUUCAGCUGCCGCACAGAGAGUUACGCCUGUUCCGUUGCCUUCCAUUCCUGGACAACCAAAGCAGACUUCUCCCACGACGUCUGCAGCCCCGGCCACCAAAACACCAACACCAAAAUCCAAUACAACCUCCAAGCUCACGAAUCAUGCCGCUGUACCUACACAUUCUCUCUCAAACUCCAACACGUCACAGCCAACUCCGCAGCAGCAGCAGCAGCAACAACCUUUAUCGAAACCACUGCCGCCAGCACCACCAGCACAGCAACAGCAGCAACAGCAGCAACAGCAGCAACAGCAGCAACAGCAGCAACAGCAGCAACAGCAGCAACAGCAGCAACAGCAGCAACAGCAGCAACAGCAGCAACAGCAGCAACAGCAGCAACAGCAGCAACAGCAGCAACAGCAGCAACAGCAGCAACAGCAGCAACAGCAGCAACAGCAGCAACAGCAGCAACAGCAGCAACAGCAGCAACAGCAGCAACAGCAGCAACAGCAGCAACAGCAGCAACAGCAGCAACAGCAGCAGCAGCAUCUGCCUCAACCCCCGCAACCUGUUCGCUGGUCUCUGCAGGGCUCGCUCCUCUUCCGCGCUGGCGAAAUGACAUGGUACCAAAACGGCAACACCUGGCGUCUUGGCAUCAUCGCCGCGCCCAGUCCCAACCCAUCCUCCCCGACAUAUACCAUGCUGCCCCUCGGCCACGCCCUCGUCCCCCAACAACUCGUCACAAAAUCGCAGUCGGACCUCCGCCCCUUCUACGCCUUCUCCGUCCCGCCUGUUGCUGUGAAGGAACUCAAAGACAAGGCAUUCGACCAGAUUCCCUGGGAUGCCCUCUUCCACCCCUCGGCCUGCGAACCCCAAAGACGAGAGCUCCUCGCCCUCGACGCCUCCAAGUUAGCCGCCUCUCGCAUCGACGCCUCCUACUCCCUCUGGUGCCCCCUCUCCGAAGACCCCAACGCAGACACCCUCCCCUAUUACGGCUGCUUCUUCGGCGCCGAGCGGAUCGAAAUAGGCGACUGCCUGCGCAUCAAACCCGUCCCCUCGGAGCCUGCCGUGGGCGAAGCAUCCAUAAUGGGCCUCCGGUACAUAUUCACCAAGAAGGGGUACCCGGGCGCCGUGUUCUUCCGCGGAAACGUGUACGAACUGGCCAAAUCUAGCUCCUCUCCGGCAAACAUCGUGUCUGGGGACCAGCUCCCCAUCGCCCUGCGGGACGAGACCUCCUGGCGCAAUCAGCUCAACCCCGCCAACCUGCGCCGCUGGGUGCUCGUAAAGGAGAGCCUCACGCUAAACGAGCAAUUCAUCAACGGCCGCUUUUACCCUGCCCAUCGACUGAGGCCUAUUUUGGAUCUGGCAGGCUUCAAUGCGGCUCUUGAGCAGAGACGAGUGGAUGAACGGGUGCCCAACUUGAAUAAUCGCACGGACGGAGGCGUCGGUGGUUACAUAGGCCGAAAGAUGAACAGGAUAGACAGUCUGGGUACCUCGGUGCCUCAAGGAUCCGUCAUAUCACUGGAGCCUCUCAUCAAGGAGGAGGGGCUACAAGUCCAGGGGUAG